UCUGAGCACGCGCGUAUACGUAUUAUGGCGCAGCAUGCGAGCCGCCGCUCAGCGAGUUCGCCGGUCAACGCUUACGUCCUCUUCGUCGCUUGGCUAGUGAUCUUGUACAUCGUGGGCUUGGUCGAGGCGGAGCCGCGCAUCGCUCGACUCCACGGGCGGGACCUGCUCGAGCUUUCGAGUAGCGGUGUCCUCGGCCGAAGUCCCCAGGUGGUGGGCUGGAGCUACGGCCGGGAGUGUAGUAGGGGGGCCCGGGUUCUACGGCGCUUGGAGGUUUCGGCGAUCGGCUCCGACGUUCACCUGUAUCAGAUCGCUGGGGUUCUCGCCCCCGAGACCACUGGCAUGUAUCUCUGCAUGGCUGGGGAGUCCAGUGGAGUCUGGGUACAGCUGGAGCAGGAUAAUCAUGUGCGCCAGCAGAGGGCUUUGGAUAGCUACGUCGAUGUCCAAGAAGAUCUACGCAUCGAGGGCGUGCUGGUCGAGAUCGCGGGCAAACUCCACCACGAUGACGAAGGCACGCCCGAAAUACUUGCCGAGAGGAAAGCCGUGGUGCGACUAUUUGGGGUCGGCAUCACUAACAAUACCAUCAUUGCCUUUACCGACCAAGAGGGCAAACGAGGCGACGUUUGCGAUAAGAUCAAGUCGGCCGAGUUUCCCGUGCGUGACGUAGUACGACGAAUUACAGCUGUUUCUGACAUUGUCCUUCCUAUGGGAUCACCUUUCUUUAUUUGUGCUAAACGCUUGAAUGGCGAUAAUAAUAACAAGUAUGAAUUGUUCAGACAUCAAGGAUCAGAGAGAUAUAAAGUUAUACACACAUAUAAAAGUAUGCUUCCAUUAUGGCUGAGUAUCGUGAUAAUCAUAACGUGCUUGUCCUUUUCCGCUCUUUUCUCAGGUCUCAACUUAGGACUUAUGGCUAUUGAUAGGACAGAAUUGAAAAUUCUUUGCAACACCGGUACUGAAAAAGAAAAACGUUACGCUCGAACAAUUCAACCAGUACGAAAUCAUGGAAAUUAUUUAUUAUGUUCGAUUUUGUUCUCUAAUGUGCUCGUGAACUCUAUUUUUACCAUUAUCUUAGAAGAGUUGACGUCUGGUUUCGUUGCAGUAUUUUGCUCGACUCUGGCUAUCGUCAUCAUUGGCGAAAUUUCACCGCAAGCUAUUUGUAGUCGACAUGGUUUGUGCGUUGGCGCUAAGACCAUUUACAUUACAAAAAUGACGAUGUUAAUCACGUUUCCACUCAGUUAUCCAAUAAGCAAGAUGUUAGAUUUCUUACUCGGAGAAGAAAUUGGCAACGUUUAUAACAGAGAACGUUUGAAAGAACUUGUUAAGGUUACUACAGGUUACAAUGACUUAGAAAAAGAUGAAGUUAAUAUAAUCGCAGGUGCAUUAGAGCUCCGUAAAAAAACGGUCGCCAAUGUCAUGACACGUAUUGAAGAUGUUUACAUGUUAGACUACAAUCGAAUUUUAGAUUUUGAAACUGUCUCGGAAAUAAUGUCUUCAGGUUUCUCACGCAUUCCAGUUUUCGAAGGCAGUCGUACCAAUUUAAUUACAAUGUUGUAUAUCAAAGAUUUAGCUUUUGUUGAUCCAGACGAUAAUAUGCCUCUCAGAACGCUUUGUCAAUUUUAUCAAAAUCCUUGUAACUUUGUUUUCGAGGAUGUAACAUUAGACAUUAUGUUUAAACAGUUCAAAGAAGGUCAUAAAGGACAUAUGGCAUUUGUACAACGAGUUAAUAGCGAAGGAGAAGGCGAUCCAUUCUAUGAAGUGAUUGGCUUGGUUACGUUAGAAGAUGUCAUCGAAGAACUUAUACAAGCUGAAAUUAUUGAUGAGACGGAUGUAUUUACUGAUAAUAGAAGUAAACGAAAGCGCCAAGCUCGUUCGAAAGUACCCGACUAUACACUCUUUGCCGAGAAGAAAGAAAACCAACGGAUUCAUAUUACGCCUCAGCUAACACUUGCGAUGUUUCAGUAUUUAUCGACAUGUAUCGAAGCCUUCAAAUCGGAUACAAUUUCGGAGCCUAUUUUACGGCGUUUGUUGAAGCAAGAUAUAAUAUACCAUGUAAAAGUAAAGUCUCGAGAAAAAGCACGAAAUGAUCCGAUUUCCGUGAUUUACCAGCAAGGUAAAGCUGUUGAUUACUUCGUUCUUAUAUUAGAAGGUCGUGUUGAAGUAACCGUUGGUAAAGAAAAUCUUAUGUUUGAAAGCGGUCCUUUCACCUACUUCGGCACGCAAGCUCUAACGGCUAAUAUUGGCGUAGCACCCUCUGCUGAGUCGCCAACAAAUCUGAAUCCUCAAACUUUAGGUAGUAUUCAGUCCAUAAACUUGGAUGCGAUUCUUCGGCAUACUUUUGUACCUGAUUAUACGGUACGUGCGGUCACGGAAGUCUUCUACGUGAAAAUCAAAAGAUCGUUGUAUUUAGCGGCUAAACGUGCGACGUUACUCGAUCGAAGUCAAAAGGAUACGAACAAUCACGAGCAAUUUGACGAUGAAGUGGAGAAGUUACUGCACUCCCUGGAUGAAGACGACCGCAGUGUUCCAGAAUCUCCAAUUCUAUCUAAGAAUAAGGAAAUCGGUGGAUUUAGGAAAGAUAGUUUCCCACAACAGUCGCCUCUACGACACUCAUCAUUGUCUGGUGUAUGUAUACCUGUAAGUGCCAGUCCAAAUACUAGUUCGAAAUUUAUUUCGAAAACUGGUUCAAAUGGACAACUGAGAAAUUCUCCUAUUAAGACUUAUGAUUCGCCAAGCUUGGAGGAGCGCCAGCAGACACUGGACCUAGAUGCAGAGAUCCUUGCUAGACAAACGGAGGCUGCACGAUUGCUGUCAUCGAUCAAAAAAUCGACCGAAGACGAUGAAAAAACGAUUCUUUUGAAUAAGCAAGAAAAUCCCUCUUAACACUUGCAGAAAUAACAAUGGAAAAUGCAAUGUUGAUACGAAGCGAAUCGAAGGAUUUGCACGUUAAAGGACAAGAAAUGUAUGCGAGACUAUUAUCACGGAUGUUAUCGACUAUGGGGCUUGGUACUUAACGAAUUACUUACAUCUAAGACGUUAAUCGACAACGUUAAUUCCCAUUGAUAUUAUUUAUUGAUUUCUAAUGAUUUUCAAUACCUGUAAAAUUAGAAUUUGGUUUUACACUCAGUGCUCUGUUUUACCGAUGCGCUAAUUUUUGUAGGAUAUUACUGGUAUUUUGACGAGUGUAAGUCAUUUCAUGAUACUUCAUAGUUAAAUAAUGGUUCAAAGUUAAAAUGAUUUUUUAUGAAAGAUAAUAGAUUUGAUUAUAAAUUAUCUUUUG